GGACGGCAGCCCCCUGCCCAGGUAUGUCGCCGCCCCAACACAGGUUCGCUCUGCAUUGGACGUAGGAGGUGAGGUGUGUCGCGACCUCCCACGAGCGGCCAUGCCGUGACGUCAUGACGAUCUCGGCCGAGCACAGCCGGCUGUCGGACGAGGACGAGGACGAGCAGGAGGAGGAGGAGCUGCCUCCACCGCUACUGAACCUGCGGCAGCGGCUGCGUCAGAAGUACGAGGAAAACGUCGAGAAAAUCAACUUCUACUCCACCGUGUUCUUCAGCUUGCUGGCGAUCGGCGCCUUCUUCGGCUUCCUCUUCCUAGUGCCGUUUGUGAUCGAGCCAGCCGUGACUACCAUCCAGAUGGACUUUGCGCUGGACCCGGUCACGUGCUGCGUGGUCUCGUACCAGGAGGACUCCGGCGCACACAACUGCUCCAAGUGGAGCUCGUGCCGCGAGGGCUGCACGCGAGAGGUGUUCGAGUGCGUCAAGAUCCUGGUGGCCUACACCGACGCCAAGAACUUCUCCUGCAGCCGGCGCCCGGUCGACCACCAGUGGCUGCACAACGAGGCUUUCCUCUACCCAAACGUCAAGGGCUGCGGCUACCCACCGUCGCUCAACUGCACGGUGUUCGCGCAGACCUACCGCGCUGUGAACACCACGUUCCCGUGCUACUACAGCCGGGUGGACGCCACGCUGGUGAUUACGGCCCUGGACCCGGCCGAGAUCGAGCACAGCCUGCUGCUCUCCAUCAUCGGGCCGCUGAUCGCUUUCGGCGUGUCGGUGGCGUUCCUCGUGCACGCCUACCACCGCAUGAAACGGAAGGAGGCGGCCGCGGCGCUGCAGGAGCUGGAGGAGAAGGCGCAGUGUCUACUGGAGCGCGAGCAGGAGCAAGUGGCCACGCGUAGCAACGCCACUAGCACGUACUCCAUCAAGUCCAUCUCCAGCAAGAUCAAUGCCACAGUGAUGCGACUGUCUAGGGAGCGGCGCAAGGAGAGCGGGUCCGGCGACAACAUCGAGAUGGAGGAGGUGGUGGAGGCGCGGCCGCCCAGCCGCUACCUCAAGCCAGGCCGCAUGCCCAGCGGCAACCGGAACAACCUGCUGGAGCCACUGGAGGUGACGCCGCAGACGCAGCCCGCCGAGACCGAGACCGGCGGAAAGAGUACGAUGUCACCGGUAGAGACGUAGGCUUUGCAAGUAGAAAACAGCAUACGAUUAUCUUUGGCUUCCGUCUCGCGUGCUGAACAUGGGAGGAUCGCAACUGAAGUUAGGCGUGCAGCUGAUCACGGCCGAAACGACAAGAGGAUGUUGUCUGAAGGCGGCACCAUGACCGUCAGAGAGCGACUAUAACACGGAGAAGUGAUUCGUUAUUCGGGCAGCAAGGACGGAGCGUUCCCGCCCAGCAAGCCUGAUGAUUAUGGACGGCGCGGGUGCACGCUCGUGCUUCAGUGGUAUCGCUGCUCGAUGUUGCGGACAGGCAUGAACGAAUGUCAACCAAUGCCACGAGUAGGCAAUGGAUGCCGCGGAUAGUUGUCAUGAUUGCCGGCCAGUCGAAAAUUGGGACGUCAUGUUGAUCGUUUUAUGCGACCUUCCCUCGAUAGCCAGGACAACCCGUGGGAAGCCCAACUGGAUAGAAACUUGCAGAUCGUUAAAAUGUUUGUAUCGUACUCAUGUAGUGACUUGUGUGGUUAUGACAUCGAUCUCGUUCGAGCAAUAAUGUGCGUGACAACGCGAGUUGGUACGGUGUAGGCGCUCUCCCUCCAUUUCAUUCAGCUUCUCAGCCCGCGGUCAGUGGUUUAGACAUUUCGUCAGCCAGACGACGACGUCCAUGCCCAACAAAUCCAAUCGAGAGCAACCGUUGUGAUUUGAACUUCAGGCUAAUCAUUCAUCGAUCUUCGUUUUACAUGUCCUAGAUGACGAUAAUUUGGCACAAAUGAGUCCGCCUCGUGGCCGUGUGUAGACCUGCUGUACGUUUCAAGUACCUAUCACACAAAGGCUGCUAAAGGAUCGUCCAAAGCAUCGCCCUCAUUAGGCAACGCUUGUCAUUGUUGGUAGCGUGUUAAUUCGACAUUCAUAUCACUCUGGCCACUGUUUCAGAGUUGCUCAAUAAUGAUUGGUUGAAAGGGCCUGGACGAGUAGUCUCGCACACAAAAGUUUGGGCGAAAAGUUCUUGAAUGAUCAUUGUUGGGUCGCUGCUUUAAAGGCUAGACGUGGUGUCAUUCGUGAUUGACGAGAAGCCGACCGUCGAAGCAUAGCAUGCUGUAAAGUUCUAUGAAUACCGAUAUUGAUCUGAACACUGCGAUGCUUAUUUUAGUGCGUCACACAGCUUCACGGGUGUUCACUUUGGUCGACCUCGUGCUCCAGCGGCGUCAUGCGGGCCGACCGGUGGCUGUUUGCCGCAACCUUGGCUAGAUGGCGGGAACGGCAAGCCGGCUAGAUCCGCUUAUUUCUCAUCAUACUGCCGCCUCGUUGCGCGACGUAUGCCACCUGUACGGUGGCCUCAGAAGUCAUCCGGCUGGUCGGCCGGGCGCAGAUGCCCAGCCGCCGCAGCGCGCACGGAGUGGAUCCGGCGCUGUCGGCCGCGGUCAGACUUCACCCCAGCCCCGCCGCCCGGCCUCCAGACUUCCAGGAUAAGUCGACGUGACGCUCAGUGGACUACUGCAGGAAGGCGGGCUCUUCCAGGAGACGGACGUCAGGCGCGGGCGAGCCCCGCCGCUGGUGAUGUGGAGUGAGGCGCCGCGGAUGUGGCCUCGUAGUGACGCUCGGUCGUGCUGAGCUGGGGCGUGCGCGCCGGGCGCCAGGAGACGUGACGGGACGCUUAGCGCCGCGCUGUCGUGCAAUAGCUUGACUUUACGGAAGGUCAACGGUGCCCUGAGCCGAGAUCGGGCCGGCCAGAGUCGCUUGUCUGCACUAUAUCACGUUGUCUGCCAGCUUGUGCUGGCCGUUCCGCAGUGGACCCCAGGACGGUGACGUGACGUCACACAUGCCCCUCUCACAGCCGCACAACACCGGUGUUUGGACUGGCCGGCCUUCACCUGUUCGGCCAGCGACGUCACACUUGUCUCCACUCGUGCCACCAGAGCUCAACGCCCUUCAGUACCCCUGUCAGCACCUCAUCGCUGUAUACAUCUCUUCACUUGCUCGCUCAGUCGCCAGCCAACCGCCAAUGCCUGCUUGGCCCUACGCUGGCGCUGGUCCCGGUCACUGGAUCCAGGUGAUGACGUCAUGCAGCGCGCGUAGUGGCCACUCUGCUCGCGUCACUGUCGACGUGUUAGUGGAGGGUUGGUCUGCUAGUUAAGUUGAUGUCGCCAUACGCUUGAAACUCACCUACCGCUGUAGUUAUACAGGUUUAACACAUGCUACGCCGGUGCAUGGCUAUCGGUAUCCGCACAGCUGGCGAACUGCCUGUGAUACAUGCAACAAUUUGAGCGCGCGUGUCCAGUGUUUCAAAUAGUCUGUUUCGGCACUUGACUACGCAGGUUUAUGUAGCUGAUGAUCGUUGCUCUCCUAAUUCGCAGUCGCUUGGUGUUCUUAGCAAGCUAUCUGCGCAUGUAAUGCUCCUAAUUUGAUUGAACACUUCAAACAAACCUUGAUGGGCUUCUCGUCAAACAUGGUUACAUAAAGGUAACCGAGAUCAGGUUUAUACGAUGUGAUAGCCGUGCUAGUGCAUCAGUCAUAUAUAAUAUCCCAAUUGCCUGUUUCGGUCUGGCUUCGAUAUUGUGCCGAUCCAGAGUCGUUGACGCGCUCUGCUUCGUUCCGACUUCGAUAUUGUGCCGAUCCAGAGUCGUUGACCCGCUCUGCUUCGUUCCGACUUCGAUAUUGUGCCGAUCCAGGGUCGUUGACGCGCUCUGCCUCGGCCGUGAUGCACGAUAAAGAUUAA